CCAACUCUGAAGCUUGUUUUAGUUCCCUCGUGUUCUCCCGGCAGGUGUGACCGAGCAUUUGAACGCGCAGAGAAUUUUGUGAAGUGUUUCUUUCGUAAGACCACAUGGUCACAUUGUGCUGUGUUAACGAGGUACUGCUGUAGUAUGAAGAACGACUCCAUCUUCCACGUCAUCGUAUCUGCUGUUGUUUUCACAGUGUCGAAUGUGGUGGAGUCCCAGGACUGUAAUAAGACUGAGGAGCUGACGAAAUGCGUGAACCCUAUCAAAGUUCUCAAGGAUGAUAACGAAUUUGGAUUCUCCAUCAAUAAGGAAGAACUGGACCGACUCUGCCCUGAUAUGAACCGAGGGAUUCGAUGUAUCGAUAGUUAUACCCGACGCUGCAUGACGGAGGAACAGCGAAAACACUUCAAUCGCCUGUAUGACGGCACAACGCAGAUGAUUAAGAAGCUGUGUAACCCCGGUCCUUAUCAGGAAGAAUUCCUGGUCCACGCGCCGUGCAUGAGGGAAGUGAGCGCAGAAUACGAGGACUGCGUCCGUAAGUACCAGCAGAAGAUCGGGGAAGUUCACACCCGCAUAAACGAACUGAACAGGAGGCCGGCGAACGACUCGGCCUUGGACAUCGCGGGACGAGGAAACGAGUUGCGGACGGUGUGUUGUUCAUUUCGGGACUACUUAGUUUGCUCACAGAGGACAGUGAUGAAUAAGUGCGGGGAGGAAGCUGCCAAGUUUACAGAAGAUUUCUUAAAUCAGAUGUCCUUUACCCUUAUCGAGGCUCACUGCGAGAAUUACCUACAUGGUUCGAACCAGUGUGAAGAUUCCUCCGCCAGCCAGUUGUCCCUCCAACUCGAACUCAACUUCAUCUUAGUGAUAUAUCUUUAUUUUUAUCGGUGCACUUGAGUCGCCGAACAGAGCAAAACUUGUUCUUCUGACAUCUCUGCGUGUUUCUAGGUUUUUGUGUCUUGAGAACGAAGAAAGGAGAGUACGAGCUCACUUUAUUGAAGAUAAGCGAACUUAGAAGUAGUCCACACGGCAGAGAUUUCACUGAAAGUGUUUUCCGUACGUUCUUAGAAACCAGCAUCUUCUGUCACUCCCACAGACUAAAAGAUCUUUUCGUUUAUUGCGUCAGAUUAAAGUUAAGACGGUAACCAAAUUUCUGUUGUAUGAAGCCCAGAAUUUUAAUUUUUAUCGUAUUGUUUGUUUACCGAUACGAAGUCAAGAGAUUGCUCAGUGAAUCAGCACAGAACAAACCGAGGCUUUCACUGCGCAUAACGCAACGCGCAGCUGCGUUGGAUCGUGAUUUGAGUCGAGUUUUGUUCGUGUAAAAGAGUUUUCUGUGGCGUCGGAAUUGUCGAACGAUGGAUAUUUCUGCUUUAUUAUGUUUUUUUUGCAAAUAUUAAAAGAACACGUGUUUCUUGUAAAAGAUUUACAGUAGUGAAAAAAAGUAUUCUUAUCUCAGUUCGAGGCAUUUGCGAGGAUCUCGCAACCUCUGAGAGUUCUAGUCCAAGUUGGUUUGGUAGGAAAAGUGUUUGGAAGCGAUUUGCUCAUGUGUCACACACGCGUGCUUUAAAUGGAUUCCUUCGGUAGCUUUAUUUCAUUUUUUUUUGAGGUAAUUUCAGAAUAUAAUUUCUAGAUUUAAAAGUAAGAGUUGGUUGAGAGUCACACACUCGCGUGUGUGACUCAAGGUCACGCCAUUAUUGUUCAGUGAAGCCGGAAAUGACGUCACCAUCAAAUCCAUACGACUCGAAACUCUGAACGUGUUCGUUAUGUUUAUCGGACGUUAGAAUAUGUUGAGCAGAAUUGUUUUUGAAUGAUGCAAUAUUUCGCUCAGUUGAAAUAUUGAAUUAUUGCAUAUUAUAAGAUAAAUUUGUGGAAACUUAUUGCUACGAGGGUUUGCCGAAUUUAUUCCAUUGUUUCUUAUAAAAGUAAGAUGCAGUCUCUGUUAACGAAUAAUUACUAAAUUAUUUCCUUCCAACACACACAAUAUUUUAAUUCGUUUCUGAUUUCCGAUUAUUCAGCGCUGUUGCUGGCUGAUGUUGCUUGUGACAUGAGCAUUUCUUCUCCAUUCACCGAGGGUCUGCGUCACAUGUUAAAUUGCGUAUUAUUAAGAAUUGAGCUCAGGACGUAAUCGGUCAUUUGUUAAAGUGUUGUUUGAUAACAAAUUUUAGAGUCGCAAAUGUGCGUCAACUUUCUCAGUUGUACAAAACAGAAUAUACAUGUAGCAUAAUACAGGGUGGGCCGAGAGUACUUGAACAAAAUAAAUGGUGAAUGAAAGUUUAACUAUAAACAGCUGGAUAUUUAAAUUUUGCUCGUAUACACGCAAUCACACGAAAGAAAUUAUAAGAUAGUGUC